AUAAUUCAGACGUUUUAGCGUGGCGGAGUGGGAAGAUGGCUGCAACAGCGGCUUGGAUGCAUGGCCCCUCCAAUAUACGGCUAACCGAGGGUUUCGUGUCUGUUCUGAAAGAGCAGCGGCCCGAAUAUUUACCUGCACUUUUAGCGAAUUACCGGGAGCAUGGCGUGUUCUCGACUCAGAGUACCGGAGCUGUCGGUGGUCUCGUGGGACUCAGCAACGCCAAACUCGGCAACAGCAAAACCAAGUUCGAGGGUCUGUGCCUUCUCUCCGUGCUGGUCAAAGACAGUUCUAGUGAUGUGUUCCAACAACACUGUCUCUCAUGGCUACGGUCCCUACAACAGGUCAUACAGUCCCAGGCCCCUCUCCCUUCCAUCCAGCUAGCAGUGGGUGUCCUCCAGGACCUGCUCCAGUAUUCCUCCCAGCUACCUGAGCUGGCCAGGGAGGUGGGCCUCAACUCUGUCCUGGGGAUCCUCACCUCCCUGCUAGGCCUCAAGUCUGAGUGUCACCUAGCUGCCAUGGAGGGGAUGACCGCAUGUAUGACCUUCUAUCCUCGAGCCUGUGGCUCCCUGAGGGACAAACUGGGUGCCUAUUUCUUAUCCAAAAUGGACAGUGCCAACCCAAAAGUACAAGAGGUAGCAUGUGAGUGUUAUGGUCGUCUGCCCUGUCUGGGCGGAGUCGUGGAGAGAGGGGGUGGCGGGCGCAGAGCCGAGGGAUGGACCAGUCAGCUUCACUGCCUGCUGGCCUCGGCCAAUAGCAUACUGGCACAACUCUACCAGGGCUCUGAAUCAGAAGGGACAGUGCAGUAUGAAGGGCCAGGUGUAGAGCUGCCCUACCCUCCUCUGGACGACACAGACCCCCUCCUCCUGCUGCAGCUACAACACAGAUACAGAGCUGCCUGUCUGGGUCUCAAACACACACUCAGUGUGGACCCGGCCUCUGCAGUGCGUCUACCUGUACAGCAGGUGCUCAACCUGGUCUGUCGCGCCCUGGCGGUCAGCUCCAAGAGCAUAAAUUUAACAGGUGAUGGGUGUGUGAGGCUGCUGGUGUUGCCUGCCAUACACAAAGAUACUCUACAGGUGCUGCACGCUCUCAUCACAGCUUUAGGCAGUGGGUUGGUGCUGUACUCCAGUGUGCUACAGAGACUGUUCUCUCAGACCCUGUCUGCCUGGACCCCUCUACCUGAAACCAGCCUGGGACAACAGAGAGCAUUCAGUGCAGUGCGAGUGUCCGUGUACCGUACCUUAGAACUCUGGGUAAGAGUGGGAGGAGCCUCAGCCGGUGUCUUGCAGGGAAGCCCCACACAUUCCGAGCUCCUAUUGGCCCACCUGCUGGGAGACAUCACACCAGGGGCGGACUCUGUUAGGCCCUCUACCUCUCCUCAGCUCCGUGAUCUGGUUUCCAGCAAGCCCUGCCCUAAAAGUCGGAAGCCCGGAUUGGCUAUGGGCGACGGGGGCGGAGCCUCUCUCCAGAGGAAAGGAGACUCGCUGGCCAAUCAGGACACCUGCCUGUCUGCACUCAGAGCAUUGAGACAGGUCAUACUGACCAGUGGAUCUCUCCUGAAGGAAGAUAUACACAAGCGUCUCCACGAUGUCGUCCUCCCGCUGUGUGCACGUCUGCAGCAACAGCACGGUGCUACCGGGAGUGACAGCGGGGCUGGGAGGGUGAGUGGGCAGUAUGGCAGUGCCCCCCCCCGUAGGGAGCUGUACCGUCUGCUACUGGCUCUGGUCCUAGUGCCUCCACCUCGAUGGCCCCCACCCCUCACCUGUACUGUGUCUAUACUCAGCCACGGGAGGAGGGAUAGGAGUCUGAAGGUAUCCUCCUUCUGUACAGAGGCCCUGACCAUAUGCAACUCCCUCCUCCACCCGCGCACCCCCUCCCUCUCCUUCCCCCUGCCCCCCCUCACCCUCAAACCCACCCCCUCCCAGGCAUCCAGCCUCACCCUCCUAGGGGGGCCCACCCCUGGAACUCCCUUCCCCAGCCGACACCACCUGGGCCUUGGCCACACCGCCCUGCUAGGCUCCCUGGACAACCACCUACCUCUGGUUGUUCCAGGGCUCUCCGGCCAGGGCUCUACCCCAGGAGACCUGCUCCUGUCCCCCCAUCAAGGUGAGCUGGCCGGGCUGGGGCUCCCCGAGGGCCAGAGACCUGUCUUCAUCCGUUACGACAAAGAAGAAGCAGAGGAUGUGGAGAUUUCACUAGAGAGCGACUCGGACGAUAGCGUGGUCAUCGUGCCACAGGGGAUGCUGAUGUUAGAAAGCCAAGAUGGCACCAGCGCUGCGGCCACUCUUCCCGGGUCUUCUUUAGCACCAGGUGGCGUCACACUCCCCGUGCCCGGUCCAGGGGGCGACCCAGGCAGGGACAUCUCCCUCCCACUUUCCUUCUCCAACAACCUUCCCUCCACCUCCCUUCCUCACCCUCUCCUCCCCUCCUCCACCAUCAACUCGUUCCCUCCAGCUCCGCUAGUCUCUCUCGUUCCCCCUCUCAACUCCACCAGUGUGGGCCAGCUUGGGGAACCCUCUGUGGGGUUAGGAGUCGGGGCUGACUCCCUGCCUGGAGCCCAGCUCCAGCAGAUGUUGCUGCAGGGCCAGCCUCCAGCACCAGGUCAACCCACAGCACUGGGUCUCCCCAUACAGAUGCACCAGAACCAGUUAGCCCAGUCCAGCAGAGCUCUACAGCAGCAACAGCAGUCCAUUGACGAAGAUCACACUGUCAUUAAUAUCAACAGCUCUGAUGAAGAAGAGGAGGAUGAAGAGAUGGAGGAUGAGGAUGAGCUCGGAGAGGAGGAGGAAGAGGAGGGUCUGGAGGACGAAGAAGAGGAAGGGAGCGAUUUCCCCGAUGAGGAAGAAUAUUAUGAUGAAGAAGAGUUUGAUGAUUAUGAGGCGGAAGAGGGGGAGGAGAUGGAGGAUGAAGAGGAGGAGGGAGAGAUUCGGCCGUUGGACGGAGAAGGGAGGAGAGGAGAGAUGGGAGGACAAGAGGAAGGAGAGGUGCUCAGAGGGUUGGCGGAGGAAGGAGGGAUAGGAGGAUUUCGAGUGGAGAGAGAGGGGGAAGGAGGGAUAGAGGAGCUGGAGACGGACAGAAGCGCGUACGGGGAAGAAGGGAUAAAGGCUCAGGAGGUAGAGAGCAUCGGAGUGCUGGAGGAAGAGAGAGAGGGAGAGGAGGAUGACGAUGAAGGAAUGAAUGACCCGACCAUGCCUCAGAUCCUGUGUGUGACGGGCGGAGCUCUGGAAGAGAGGGAGGAGCUAGAUCGGGAGGGGCAUGGGCAGAAAGUGAGGUCAUGGGAGCAGAAGGGAGCCAAUCGGCCGGAGGGAAUGUCCUCUUCUGAAGAAGGACCUGUUCCUCAACACCAACAGGAGGCGGGGCCUGCACCGGAAGUGAGGGUGGACGGCGACAAUCAGCCAUCCAAUCAGGAGGGCGAAACAUCCAAACAGGGCGGCGACAACUCCGGACAGGAAAUGAGGUCAUCAACAGCUCCGAGUGAGACAAAGGGGGAGGGGCCUGAACGAGAGAAAGGAGGAAAAGAGGGAGAGGAAGGAGAGGCUGAAGAAGAGGAUGGGAGAGGGAUGAAGAGGAAGAGGGAGGGAGAGGAGGAGGAAGGAACAGGACAGGGAACAGAGAAGAACAAGCUGGAUGAAGAAGUGAUGGCGUCCAUGUUAGCCGAUUUCGUAGCCUGCCCUCCGGACAAUGUAGAAAAUGUGCCCUCUGCAUCCAACCGCCCAUCCUAAACAAGGCCAGACAUGGCUCCAUCACAAGACCAUCAGAACAACUCGAUGUCUAGCCCCUUCCAUAGUCUCACACAUUCUUUCAUUAGCAACAUACAGCUAAGACAAUGUUUAAAACAUUAACACACUAUGAGGCUGCAUUUACACAGCCGGCCCAAUUCUGAUAUUUUUUCCACUAAUUGGUCUUUUGACUAAUCACAUCAGAUCUUUUCACAACAGAUCUUUUUCAGAGGUGAUCUAAUUGUUCAAAAGACCAAUUAGUGAAAAAAAUAUCAGAAUUGGGCAGCCAUAGAUAGAGGUUGGAAUUAGAUCGGUCUUAAAUUAUCACGUUUCGUCUUGAAUGCAGGACCAUAGAUGCAUUUGUAAUACAACUCUCUGGACUCCAUAUUAUAAAAAUAAAAGCUUAGAUUACUUUACAUUAACCAUAAAGACUUUGUGAUUGAUUGAUUAAAAGACUUUGCAGCUAUUCUACGGUUAGUGAGUGUUUUACGGCUAUUCUACGGUUAGUGAGUGUUUGUUGUAGUAGUGUUUUUGAUCAGCUAUUAUCAUGUUAAUGUUUUUGGGUCUUUAUAUACAGUAUAACUUCUGUUCUUUUUGUGUUCUCCAUCUUUUCUUAUAAAAUAAAUAAACGUCAAAUGCAAACAUGUU